GUGGAUUUAGCUCAUUUUCUAUAUCAGAUUAGACUUAAUGAAGUUAUUAAAACUGACUGUCUGACUGUCUAGUUUUAUUAACAGUCCUUUCUUUGUUUCUGUUGAAGCAUGACUUCAUUGCUCUGUGUGAUUUUAAGCAUAAUAAUCCUCCCUGGUGUUUCGUCUCUUACCUCACUUGGACAGGAGGCUGUCCUCUUACAGUACCUUGGAUAUGGUGCUGCGAGCAUCCAUCCUCACCCCACCAGUAUAGAAGAAGUAGAGGCUCCCUGCACAGAACGACAGCUGGAAAGCCUCGGCGGUGGACACGUACAGAGACAGAUGUGUGAUCUCUUGUGAGACCAUCUGGCGUGGACGGAGGGAGAGGGGAAGCAUGUCCGAAGUUGCUUUUUCAGCUGCAGGAUAUGAGCAUGACAUGGAGGAAUAAUGCAUCUCGGUUGGGAUUUAUCUGUGCUCCUGCAAACAUUUAUAAUCUGCGCAUCAUCAGCCCAGCCUCUUACAGCUAAGCUCGAUGCAGGUUGGUGGGCGUACAAGGACGUUGUCCACGGCAGCUUUGUUCCAGUCCCAUCUUUCUGGGGUCUGGUUCACUCAGCCUGGAACUUGUGUGCAAUAGGGAGGAGGCAGUCGCCCAUCGACAUUGAGACCAGUCACUUGAUCUUUGACCCCUACCUGACCCCUCUGAGGCUCAACACAGCAGGACGGAAGAUGGGGUGUACCAUGUACAAUACAGGCAGGCAUGUCUCCCUGCGACCUGACAAAGCCCACCUGGUGAACAUCUCGGGGGGCCCACUGGGUUACAGCUACCGGCUGGAGGAGGUCCGCCUCCAUUUUGGGAGCGAGGAUUCCCAGGGUUCAGAGCACCUCCUCAAUGGUCAGGGCUUCACUGGAGAGGUCCAACUGAUUCAUUAUAACCAGGAUCUAUACACCAACUACACUGAGGCAGCUAAGAGCCCCCAUGGCAUUGCUGUGGUCUCCAUCUUCAUAAAGCUCUCGGAAAAUUCCAAUGCGUUCCUCAACCGCAUGCUGAAUAGAGACACCAUCACCAGAAUCAACUACAAACAUGAUGCGUUCCUAUUACUGGGUCUGAACAUAGCCGACCUUUACCCUGAUACCACGCGUUACAUCACCUACGAAGGCUCUAUCACCAUCCCGCCAUGCUAUGAAACUUCCACGUGGAUACUCAUCAAUAAGCCUGUCUACGUGACACAGAUGCAGAUGCACUCCCUGCGUCUCCUCAGCCAGAACGAGCCCUACAAGAUCUUCCUAAGCAUGAGCGACAACACCCGGCCUCCCCAGCCUCUACUGCAGCGCUGCAUACGCACCAAUAUCAACUUCAAGAAGCCAGGGCGAGACUGUCCCAACAACCGCAUCCUCCGCCCGCAGUACAGAGUAAAUCAGUGGCUCCUGAAAUAGAAGAUUGAAUGGACCGAAGAGCUGGGCUAACUGUUCGACUAGAGCGGAAUGGGACAAAGAAAUGUAAAAAAAACUGUGCUAAAGGCAGCCAAACUAAACGGAUCGCAGCUCAACUGACCGGACUUCAAACCAUCCUCUGUGCUGGCUUACCACGCCUCUGCAGAGCAAAGCCAACUGGUAGGCCAGCCGGUGGGCGUACGGACCUGACUGAGUCAAAGGUGUGAAAAAAGGCCAUGUCAAUAUCUAAUUAUGGUUACAUGGUUUGGGUACAGAUUAUCCGCUUAUGUGAAGAAUAAGAACAGAAUGCUUGACAGACGUAGCAACAGUCAUUAGGGGGGAUGGGGCUUAGUUAGGUCAAGAGUUACUUCUUCUUCUGAGUUUUUAUCUACGGUGGAAAUGCACUUAUUGUAAGUCGCUUUGGAUAAAGGCGUCAGCUAAAUAACAUGUAAUGUAAAGAAUUAUGUGAUUAGAUGUAACCGGAAUAAAGCAAGGUUAAUAUUGAAGUUAGCCAGCAGAAGCAAGGUGUCCAUGGUCUAAUGUGCUUAAAGAAUAAUAAUUACUCUAAAUCAGUGUUUCUCAACUGGUGGGACCGACAGAAAAAAAAAAAAAGUAAUCCUGUGCUUUUAUUUUGAAGGGACAGCGGAGUGUCAGGUUUUUUUUCGGCUCGCCCAUCCAUGUUUUCAGGCACCGCGACCGCUAGCACCCCCCCUGUUGACCGGACGAUUUGGGUCGCGGCUUGUCAUUGAGGGGUGAUGGGUAGGUCCCGGAGCCAGACAAGUUGAGAACCACUGCUCUAAAUGCUUUCGUGGGAAUUCUGUAAUGAUGAUUUAAAUGUUUCAUCAUGAACUAAAUUACAUUUCAUGGCCAUUCAUUCACAUCUAUUCAAAACAUUCAUGGAAUUUGACUGUCUAAGGUACUGCAAGAGGCUGUUUUGAUACACAGUCGUACCUUCAUCCAUUACACCACCAUUAUAGGUCUGGCACACAGCGGAUUAGCGGAUUUUACCUUUACAUUCUGAAAUAAAGUGUUCCUAACAUUGUGUUCUCUGAUUAUGUUUCACUAUAAACAACCAAUCAGUUGUUACUAGAGAUGAGCGAGUACAGCAUUAUCUGUAUC